UGGGAUUUUUCGCUUGUGGGACGUAUCUUUGUACGCUCUUCCCCACCUCAGAUUGCGCGCGCAACCGCUUCCGCAGAGCGCCUCGGGGCAGUGGUCGUUGACGGCCUGUCGUAAACGGAAUCCUUCCUUUGCUUUUUCAUUGCUUGGCUUUGCCCUACGGCCCGUCGGUCCCCGUGCGCUUUCCGGCCGCGGCGCUGAGAGGACCCGAGCGAGCGCGGACAGGGGCUUGCCCCCCUUUCCCGAGAUGCCCCCCAAGAAACCGCCACCUGCGGCGGGGCCCAAUAAGAAGGCGGACCAGAAAAAGAAGGAGAAGAUCAUCGAGGACAAAACAUUUGGUCUAAAGAAUAAGAAAGGAGCAAAACAGCAGAAGUUUAUCAAGGCUGUGACUCAUCAAGUUAAAUUUGGUCAACAAAAUCCAAGACAGGCUGCUCAGGCUGAAGGUGACAAGAAAUUAAAGAAGGAUGAUAAGAAGAAAGAAUUACAGGAACUAAAUGAACUCUUCAAACCUGUAGUUGCUGCCCAGAAAAUUAGUAAAGGUGCAGAUCCCAAAUCAGUAGUUUGUGCUUUCUUCAAGCAAGGACAGUGCACUAAAGGAGAUAAGUGCAAGUUUUCUCAUGAUUUGUCUUUGGAGAGAAAGUGUGAAAAACGCAGUGUUUACAUUGAUGCAAGAGAUGAAGAUCUUGAAAAAGAUACAAUGGAUAAUUGGGAUGAGAAAAAGCUGGAAGAGGUGGUGAACAAGAAGCAUGGUGAGGCGGAAAAGAAAAAACCCAAAACUCAAAUAGUCUGCAAGUAUUUUCUUGAUGCUAUCGAAAACAACAAAUAUGGCUGGUUUUGGGUUUGUCCUGGUGGAGGAGACAAUUGUAUGUACCGCCAUGCUCUCCCUCCUGGCUUUGUACUAAAAAAAGACAAAAAGAAGGAGGAAAAAGAAGAUGAAGUUUCUUUAGAAGAUCUAAUAGAAAGAGAGCGUGCUGCCUUAGGACCAAACAUUACCAAAAUCACCUUAGAGUCUUUUCUUGCAUGGAAGAAAAGAAAAAGACAAGAAAAGAUUGACAAGGCUGAACAAGAUAUGGAACGGAGGAAAGCAGAUUUUAAAGCUGGCAAAGCACUGGUGAUCAGCGGACGUGAAGUAUUUGAGUUCCGGCCGGAGUUGGUUGAUGCCGAUGAUGAAGAAGCAGACGACACUAAUUAUAUUCAAGGAUCAAGUGAAGAUGAGGUUGAAGAUCUUGUGAGGAUAAAUGAUGUAGACUUGAACCUGUAUGUCCCAAAGGAUGUAGAUGAGACUGGUAUUACUGUGGCUAGUCUCGAGCGAUUCAGCACAUACACUUCAGUGGAAAAAGAUGAUAACAAAUUAAGUGAAGCUUCAGGAGGUGGAAUAGAGAAUGGGGAGCAAAGUGAUUCAGAAGAAAACGAGGCAGAAGGAGAACAAGAAAAUGGAGUAAUAGAUGCAGUUCCUGUUGAUGAAAAUCUUUUUACUGGAGAGGACUUGGAUGAACUAGAAGAAGAAUUAAACACUCUUGAUUUAGAAGAAUGAACAAACAAAUGCAAUAAGAAAAUUGAAGUCUACCUUACAAAGUGAAAACUGACUACAUCAUUUUUUCAUCUAGAAUUCUUAAACAGGAGGUUUGUGGUUUCCCCAGCUGAUUCUGGAGGGCACAUCAAAAAACAGAAGUACUUUCCUUCAGUUUCCUUUACUCCACUCUUGACUACAUCUCAUAGUAAAAUAUUCAGAUUAGUUAAUAAUUGAAUUGAGAGCUGUCAUCGCAGAAAAUGAGAUGUAAUUUUGAACUAAAAGUAGGAAGCAUAAAUGAGUUAAGUGGAUUUAUUACUACCAGGGGUAGUACACAGUCAAAAUGAACAUCCUUUUCACCAGAACUGCAUUUGUUAAUAAGUAAUUUUGAGUUGAUUCAGAAACUGCCUGAAAUAUUUGAGCAAUGUACUCUAAAUGGAGCUGAUACAGAUUAAGAUGUUCAUGCUCCAGUAGGUAUUGAUAUGCUUUACUUCUUUAGCUGGAUGCUAAAGAUGUGGAUUCGUGAGUUGAUAAGGCGUCAGCUAUGGUGGCCUCUGUUUAAAAUGUUUUAAACUUUCCCUACACCUUUUGACAACAAGGUUGUAAAUAAAGACCGUCAACUUUAAAAUCA